UAUCCUUGCUUCUGCUAGUAAGAUGCUUUUCUAUUGCUUUAGUAGGAUGCUUUUGAUUAUUGUUCCUUGCUUUUGUUAGUAAGAUGCUAUUGAUUAUUGUUCCUUGCUUUUGCUAGUAAGAUGCUAUUGAUUAUUGUUCCUUGCUUUUGCUAGUAAGAUGCUAUUGAUUAUUGUUCCUUGCUUUUGUUAGUAAGAUGCUUUUGAUUAUUAUUCCUUGCGUUUGCUACUAAGAUGCUUUUGAUUAUCGAUCAUCAACUAUUGUUCCUUGAUGACAUCUUUAUAAACUAUAUCAUAUAUUUUUAAGGAUACUAUCCCCUCUGAAAACUUGUACCGUGUAAAUUCAAUCUCUCAAAAUCCCGCACAUUCUAUCCACUUGCGAAAAAAAUGGCUGAAGGUCUUUUGUUCAACAUGAUUGAAAAGCUGAUCGGGAAGCUGGGUUCUGUGGUUGUUGAAUGCUGGAACAUGAGAGAUGAUCUUGACAAGCUGGUGGAGAAUAUGUCUGAGAUCAAGGCUGUGGUUUUGGAUGCAGAGGAGCAGCAGGGAACCAACAACCAUCAAGUUCAACUCUGGCUGGAAAAGCUCAAAGAUGCUCUUGAUGAUGCCGAUGACUUGCUCGAUGACUUUAACACUGAAGACUUGAGGCGACAAGUCAUGACCAGUAACAAGAAGGCUAAAAAGUUUUACAUCUUCUUCUCAUCAUCCAACCAGCUUCUCUUUUCUUACAAAAUGGUUCAGAAAAUUAAGGAACUUAGUAAGAGAAUUGAGGCUCUUAAUGUUGGUCAGAGAAUUUUUAAUUUUACAAAUCGUACACCUGAGCAACGAGUUUUGAAACAACGAGAAACUCACUCCUUUAUUCGUGAGGAAGAAGUUAUUGGAAGAGAUGAGGAGAAGAAAGAGUUGAUAGAGUUGUUGUUUAACACCGGCAACAAUGUGAAAGAGAAUGUUUCAAUUAUUUCUAUAAUUGGAAUUGGAGGACUUGGAAAGACUGCACUUGCUCAACUUGUAUACAAUGACAAAGAAGUGCAACAACAUUUUCAGUUGAAAAAGUGGGUUUGUGUUUCUGAUGAUUUUGAUGUAAAAGGUAUUGCAUCAAAGAUCAUAGAAUCUAAAACUAAUGAUGAGAUGGAUAAAGUGCAAUUGGAGCUCCGUGAAAAAGUUGAAGGAAGAAGAUAUUUGCUUGUCUUGGAUGACAAUUGGAAUGAGGAUCGUGAUCUUUGGCUUGAAUUGAUGAGACUGCUGAAAGGCGGAGCAAAAGGAAGUAAAAUAAUUAUCACCGCAAGAAGUGAGAAGGUUGCCAAGGCAAGUGGUACAUCUUCUAUCUUCAAUUUAAAGGGUCUGGAUGAAAAACAAUCUUGGAGAUUAUUUAGUCAAUUAGCUUUUGAGAAUGACAAAGAACAGGAGAAUGAGGAAUUUGUGUCAGUUGGCAAGGAAAUUGUGAAAAAAUGUGCGGGUGUUCCUCUCGCCAUUAGAAGCAUUGGAAGCUUAAUCUAUUCCAUGCGGAAGGAGGAUUGGUCAACAUUCAAGAACAAAGAUCUUAUGAAAAUUGAUGAACAAGGUGAUAAUAAAAUUUUUCAGCUUAUCAAACUAAGUUAUGAUCAUCUACCAUUUCAUUUGAAAAAGUGCUUUGCUUUUUGUUCAUUGUUUCCAAAAGACUUUUUAAUUUGUAAAAUAACAUUGAUUCGACUUUGGAUUGCACAAGGGUUUGUUCAGUCAUCAUCAGAUGAAAGUACAAGUUUAGAAGAUAUUGGUGAUAAGUACUUCAUGGAUUUAGUUCAUAAAUCUUUCUUUCAAAAUAUCACCGAAGAUAACUAUUAUGGCAGUGUGAGUUGCCAAAUGCAUGAUAUUGUGCAUGAUCUGGCAAGUGUUAUUUCAAGAAAUGAUUGUCUUUUAGUUAAUAAAAAGGGGCAGCAUAUUGAUAAACAACCUCGUCAUGUCUCUUUUGGCUUUAAAUUGGAUUCUUCCUGGCAAGUUCCAACUUCUCUUCUCAAUGCUUACAAAUUAAGGACAUUUCUGUUACCACAACUUGGGAAUCCAUUGACUUAUUAUGGUGAAGGUUCAAUAGAAUUGUCUGCCUGUAAUUCCAUCAUGUCAAGUUCUAGACGAUUUCGUGUGCUGAAUCUUAACAUAGAAUCAAAGAAUAUUCCAUCUUGUAUUGGUAGAAUGAAACAUCUAAGGUAUCUUGACCUUUCUUAUUGUAGAAUGGUUGAGGAGCUCCCAAGGUCAAUAACUGAUUUAGUUAACUUGGAGACUCUUUUACUUAAUUGGUGUACUCACUUGAAAGAGUUGCCCAAAGAUCUUUGGAAAUGGGUAAGACUUAGGCAUCUUGAGUUGGAUUAUUGUGAUGACUUAACUUCUAUGCCACGUGGAAUAGGAAAGAUGACUAAUCUUCAAACACUUACACAAUUUGUGUUAGAUACGACUUCUAAAGAUAGUGCUAAAACUAGUGAGCUAGGAGGAUUACAUAACUUGAGGGGACUACUCGAGAUAACUGGCUUGGAACAUUUGAGGCAUUGUCCAACAGAAGCUAAGCAUAUGAAUUUAAUAGGGAAGUCACAUCUUCAUCGAUUGAGAUUGAAGUGGAAACAACACACUGUUGGUGAUGGCAAUGAGUUUGAAAAGGAUGAAAUAAUUCUACAUGACAUUCUGCACUCCAAUAUCAAGGCAUUAGUAAUAAGUGGAUUCGGUGGUGUGACAUUGUCAAGUUCGCCCAAUUUAUUACCAAAUUUGGUUGAAUUGGGCUUAGUCAACUGUUCGAGAUUGCAAUAUUUUGAACUCUCACUGAUGCAUGUCAAACGCCUUGACAUGUAUAAUUUGCCUUGCCUGGAGUACAUAAUCAAUGAUAGCAAUAGUGAUAACUCAUCAUCAUUUUGUGCGUCACUCACAUAUAUAGUUCUCUUUCAGUUAAAUAAUCUUAAAGGAUGGUGUAAGUGUAGCGAAGAAGAAAUCUCAAGGGGUUGUUGUCAUCAGUUUCAGAGUCUUGAAACCUUAUUGAUUAAUGAUUGUUAUAAGCUAGUUUCAAUUCCACAACACACAUAUAUCAGGGAAGUAGAUCUUUGUAGAGUAUCUUCAGAUAUAUUACAGCAACUAGUCAAUCAUUCCAAAGUAGAGUCUCUUAAUAUAGAAUCCAUACUCAAUUUGAAAUCUCUUAGUGGAGUCUUUCAACAUCUAGGUACACUCUGUGAAUUGCGUAUCCUCAAUUGCGAGGAGUUUGAUCCGUGCAAUGAUGAAGAUGGUUGUUACAGCAUGAAAUGGAAAGAACUCUCGAACCUCAAAUUGUUGAUUUUCAAAGAUAUCCCAAAAAUGAAAUAUUUGCCUGAGGGGCUUCAGCACAUUACCACUUUACAAACUCUAAGAAUCAGAAAUUGUGAGAAUCUUACAUCUAUACCUGAAUGGGUAAAAUCACUACAAGUAUUAGAUAUCAAAGGUUGCCCGAAUGUGACGUCUCGGCGGCAUGUGUAGAUGUGGAACAUCAAUACGUUCUACAACAAGAUUGAAACUUAUGUUAAUUGCGUGUCUCAUUUCAAGAUUGUUUCUCAGAAACCAGAACGUGUCUUUACAUUUUACUUUCAAUACAGUUUGAUAAAAUACUUUGGGAUUUUUAAGAUGAUUGAUUGUAAUAUUGUAUUGUUCAACUCUUU